AACUUCCAAAAUGGCCUCCUGUUCGUGGCGCCAGUCUCUCUCUCUCUCUCUCUCUCUCUCUCUCUCUCUCUCUCUCUCUCGCAAAAGUAAAUAAAAAAAUAAAAAAAGGGAAAGGCUGGUGUCUCCAUCACCCGCACCAUAUCUGAAACCCAAACCUUCCUCCCUCAACAAUCAUUCAAUCAUUCAUGUUCUCAAUCCCAAGCAACCUCUCCCUCAUCUUUUUCACUCUCCUCCCUUCCCACCCGCCCCCAUUAUUAUUAAACCCCUCACCCCAUUUUUUUACUCCACUUCCUCUUCACACCUCUCUCUCUCUCUCUCUCUCUCUCUCGCUCUCUUAUUUUCUUUCUGUUCAUCAUAAUCUUGAACAAUUAAUUAGUAUCAAUAUUAAUACCCAUCUGCUAUGACUCGGCUAUUCCGAUCUAAAUCGUGUGGACUAGGCGUCAGAGCCACCGGGUUCGACCCGGCGCCUCCGAGUCCCUCUCUCUAUCUCUCUAACGACGACGAUCAAUGCGAAGACGAAGACGGGGAGGAGGAAGACGAAGAGGAAGAGGAGUUCUACCACAGUGGUCCCAUCUCUACGCCACUGAUUAGUCCGGCAUCGUGCGGCGAGCGCAGAGAGCAACAAAGCCACCAGCAGUACCCAAUCCUGGCUCUUCUGGUGGCGGCGCUCAGGAAGUCGCUGGUCACGUGCAGCGUGGACAGGGAGGACCUCUCGUCCGGGGACAUCGGCUGGCCCACCGACGUCCGCCACGUCUCGCACGUGACCUUCGACCGCUUCAAUGGCUUCCUGGGUUUGCCCCUCGAGUUUCAGCCUGACGUCCCCACCAGGGUUCCCAGCGCCAGUGCGAGUGUGUUUGGAGUUUCUGCCAGGUCCAUGCAGUGUUCUUAUGAUCGUAGAGGGAACAGCAUCCCCACAAUUCUUCUUCUGAUGCAGAAGCGCUUAUAUGCAGCAGGAGGUCUCCAAGCAGAAGGAAUUUUUCGAAUCAAUGCUGAGAAUGGUCAAGAGGAGCACGUCCGGAACCAGCUCAACAAAGGCAUUGUGCCCCCUGGAAUUGAUGUUCAUUGUUUGGCAGGAUUAAUAAAGGCAUGGUUUAGAGAACUUCCUUCGGGAGUACUUGAUUUUCUUUCACCAGAGCAGGUGAUGCACUGCAAUACAGAAGAUGAUUGUACUGAGCUGGUAAAGUUGCUUCCUCCAACCGAAGCUGCAUUGCUCGACUGGGCCGUCAAUUUAAUGGCAGAUGUUGUGGAAAACGAGCAUUACAACAAGAUGAAUGCCCGGAACAUUGCAAUGGUUUUUGCACCCAACAUGACUCAGAUGGCUGAUCCUUUGACUGCAUUGAUUCAUGCAGUACAAGUCAUGAACUUCCUUAAGACUCUGAUUACGAAAACGCUUCACCAGCGGGAAAAAUCAGCUGCCAAGGCUCGAGUGAUCUCAUCAUGUGCAGGUUCUCCCCGAGACAAUGGUGACACCUAUCCUUUAGUCUCAAACAGGGGAACUACCUUAGACCAAACCUUGGACGGCCGUGGCCAUGAAGGACCUGCCGUAGAUAAUCAUCAGACGGCCACCAUUAAUGCAGACAGACUGGAACUCGACAUGGAGAAAGGAUUAUGGAACGACUUAGGAGGGGAAAUCGAGAUCGAGUCCGUUUCAGAUGGCAGCACAGGCUGUACAGCAGUUGGGUGUGAAAAGGAGACCUCAAAAGAUUGUGGGAGUGAAUAUGAUAGAGGAGAAUUUGAGGGGAUAUUUUAUAGGCUAAGUUUGAGCAAAGGGGUGAGGAAGCUAUGCAGGCAUCCUGUGUUCCAGUUGAGUAAGCCGGCUAAGAAGACUAGAGGACUUGGGAUUGUAAAUACUAGGGGUGGGGGUGGAGAAGCCUGGGCAUGAGGUGCUAAUGGAUGAAGGCGGCCUCCAGGAAUGACCUCUCAUCGUAGAUAUAGUAUGAAUGAUCUUAUGGUCAAGUCUGUUGUCAUCAUUUUUGAUGAUUUAGGAGAUUUCACAAGGGGGAGGAUUGAUUUAAAUAUAUGAAUUUGGGUGAUUUAGAGCGCUCAAUAUCACAGAUUUCGUGGAUCGGCUGCUCUAUUUGAACUACAAAUAACAGAGGAGGACGAAUUUGAAGAAAUACCAAUGUCCCGGCGAAGCACCUGUACUCUGUUGUUCAUGUCAAGUUUGACGGGUUUGGAAAUUGGAAGAGAUUAUGAAAAUGAAAGAAAAAGAUAUAUAAAAAAUUAUUUAAUA